AUGAAGUUGUCAACAAGUGCGUUGUUGGCGUCAAGCAUAGUGUCUGCCAAUGGUGCAUCCCUCAGUCUGUUGAAUGACUUACUAGAUAUUGUUCCAAUUCUGUCCCCUGGACCUUCAUCUACAUCAACAGACCCAAAUCAAUAUGUGAACUUGUUUCUAGGAGCAGACGGUGGUGGCCAUGUUUUCCCUGGUCCAACUCUUCCAUUUGGAAUGGUUAAAAUGGGCAUCGAUGUAAUCAACUCUGCAGCUGGAGAUGCAUACUCCGGAUAUGCACCUGAUGGUCAAGUUGACGGUAUCUCAAUGAUGCACGAGAGUGGUACUGGAGGUGCUCCUGAAUAUGGCGUCGUCGCCCAACUACCACUGACUGGAAAUGUCAAUUUAGCAAUUGACAAUAGUCAGCCCAGACCUGACAACGCAUCUAUCGGUUAUUAUCAGAUCUUCCUGCAAAACGGUGUUGAGGUCGAGUUUGCUCCUACUGCCCAUGCGGGUAUUUACCACUACACAUUCCCUGCUGAUCAAGCUGCUAACGUGGUCGUCAACAUCACCCAUCAUCUAAGAGCUCCCAGUAGACCCUACUGGACCCAGUACUUCACUGGCGGCAAUGUCGCUGUCUCUAGCGACUUGUCCCAAUAUACAGGAGAAAGUACUUUCAAAGGUGGUUGGGGUGAGCAGGGAGACUGGUCGAUUUACUUUUGUGGACAAUUUGAUACCCCUGCAAAGUCUGUAUCCAGUUUUGUUGGCCAAGCUUCUUCAUCUUCCUUGACCGCCAGCUCCAGUUCUCAGGAUCAGGCUGCUGGUGUUAUCUUUACUUUCCCAGAUGGUGCUACUGAUGUUAACAGUAGAGUCGGAAUUUCAUUUUUAUCAACUGAUCAAGCAUGUGCAAACUUGGCAGCCGAGAUUAAUCACUACGACGUCCAAACAACCACCUCUCAAGCUUUAGACGCUUGGCAAUCAGAAGUCUUUGAUAAAGUAACUGCUGAUACAUCAAACUCAACUAUCGCCACUAUGUUGUACUCUUCUUUGUAUGCUACACAUCUUUUACCCUCUAACAGAACCGGUGAAAACCCUCUAUGGACUUCAUCUGAACCCUACUACGAUGAUUGGUUCACUAUUUGGGAUAUUUUCCGUUGUUUGACACCUCUUUAUAAUAUCAUGAAUCCUGAUCAUGCUUCAGGAAUGGUCAGAGGUCUCAUCGACACCUACAAAAACAAUGGCUAUAUGCCAGAUGCUAGAUCUGCCAACCAAAACGGUAGGACUCAAGGUGGUAGUAAUGCUGAUAUUGUGCUCGCUGAUGCUUAUAUUAAGAAUAUUGGUCAAGGUGAGAUCAACUGGAAUGAUGGUUAUAGUGCCAUGGUUAAAGAUGCCGAAGUUCAACCCCCAAAUAACAAUGAUCCCUUUGCACCCGAUUCCUCCACCAAGGAAGGUCGAGGCGCUCUUCCUGACUGGUUGAAAUAUGGUUAUAUCACCCGAAACUACACAAGAAGUGUUACUAGAACAAUGGAGUAUGCUAUGGAUGACUUCGGCCUUUCUGUCGUGGCUCAAGGACUUGGCAAAACUGCUGACUACCAAAAAUACUUGAACCGUUCUGCCAACUGGAGAAAUAUUUGGAACCCAGAAGCUUCUGCAAAGGGCUACAGUUAUAAAGGAUUCAUACAGCCUAGAAAUUCUGAUGGUACAUUCAACAACACUAAUUAUGAUCCCAUGUCAUGUGGUGGCUGUUAUUGGGGAGAUGAUGAGUACGAGGGCAAGCCUGUUGAAUAUGGUUUUGCUGUACCUCAUGACAUAGCUACUCUUGUAGAGUAUGCAGGUGGCGAUCAAACCUUCAUCAAACGUUUGGAUGAUAUGUUCGGUGUAUAUGGAGGAGCAGUUCUUGGCGAUAUUGGCAACGAACCAAGCUUUUUAACCCCAUUUUUGUACAAUUUUGUCAAUGCUCAAUAUAAAACUGUUGAGACAACCCGGUACUUGAUUAACAAUCACUUUAAUUCUGGAAACAGUGGACUUCCAGGAAACUCCGAUGCGUAA